AUGGCUAAUGACAAAGAAGUUGAAACUUCUUCCGAGGAUGGAAACAAGUCUGAUGUUUCGAACCCUUUUUUCAUUCAUCACUCUGACCAUCCUGGCAUGGUUCUUGUAUCCAAACCGUUGAAUGGAGACAACUAUGGGACAUGGUGUCGCUCCAUAGGAAUCUCCUUGAGUGCCAAGAACAAACUUGGUUUUGUUAAUGGCACUGUCAAGAAGCCCUCAAAGAAAAUCGAUCCUGAUAAGUUCUCUCUUUGGCAACGUUGCAAUGAUAUGAUUCUGUCUUGGAUCUUGAAUUCCCUUGAUGAAGACAUAGAUGAUAGCGUCAUCUACUCUGACACUGCUCACGAUAUAUGGGAAGAUUUGAAGGAGCGUUUCUCUCAAAGCAACGUUCCUCAAAUUUUCCAGAUCCAACGUGACAUUGCCUCCCUUAGAGCAUUUCCAGGGCUAACUGGUGGAAAUGCUCUUACUCAAGAUCAAAUGUCGGUUGAUGCUUAUUACACAAGACUUAAGGGACUAUGGAAUGAGUUGGCAUCAUACAGCGAUGUGUCGACUUGUACCUGUGGUGCUAUGAAAGAUCACACUGAACGCGAUGAAAGGAAUCGUGAUGCAAUUUCUUAUGGGUCUGAAUGA